AAAAGGGGCCGUCGGGCCCCUUUUUGCUUCUUAUUCUCAAACCGACGCUCCUCUCUCUCUCUCUUCUUGUUUCUCAACACUGCGAGGGACGUGGGAGGGAGAGAUUUUCUCCAUUGCAUCAAGAUUUGCCGGUGAAGAAGCUUCAUUUCUCGUUGUGGGGAGUCUUGGGACGGUGGGAAGCUUGGAGAAAGAGGGUUUUUUGGUUUUUAACACCAAGAAGGUAAAAAAUAACUCAUUUUUGCCGUUGAAUCGUUCAUUUCUCUUAUUUCCUACAUUUAUUUGUAUGUUUUUACUUGUUUUGUGAAGAUAUAAUGUCGGAUCCUGCAUGGCAGUGGUGUACAAGGGUGAAUCCCAAAGAUAGAUUAAGAGUUAAGUGCAAUUAUUGUAAGCAAAUCAUAUCAGGAGGGAUUUCUCGCUUUAAACACCAUAUAGCUGGUACACACAGCGAUGUGGCUGCUUGCAAUGGCUCCCAAGAGAUCCCAUUGCCAGCGUAUGUAAAGCACCAGUGUCAGCAGCUUCUUGAUGCAGUGAAAGCAAGUAGGAUUGAAAAGGACAUGGAAGAUGCGGAGGAAGGAUAUGGGGACCCACAUGAAGGAGAAGAAAGUGAAGGUGAAUAUGUUCAACUUGAACAAGAAGAUGUUGGUGUCAGUUUGGGAACAACUAAAGGGAAAGGCAUCAUGCAUGGAGGUGGUUCUUCUGCAACUGCAACCAGAAAAAGAAGAGGUGCAAGUAUAAGUUCAGUUUCACGAGGACGUGGCAGAAGUCAGGGUCGUACUGGUGGUGGUAGAGUACCUACUAUGAGGUCGAGCAAUAUGUCUGGUUCGAUCAAGAAUUUUUUUCCCAAUUAUACUGCUGCUGGUGCUCAGCCUGAGAUUCGUAUAGCCAUGCAAUCAAAGGAUAUUAUUGAAGCAGCAGAUGAAACCAUAGGAAGGUGGUUCUAUGAUGCAUCCAUUCCCUUCAAUGCAGCAAACUCUUAUCAUUAUCAGCCUAUAGCAGAUGCGAUUGCUAUUGUAGGGCGAGGGUAUAAAAUGCCCUCUUUUCAUAAAUUGCGAGGUAAAAUUCUCAACAAUAUAGUUAGAGAUGUGAAGACAUAUUGUGAUGAACUAAAAUUGAGUUGGAAAGCUACAGGAUGCAGUGUAAUGGCAGAUGGGUGGACAGACAUCAAGAACAGAACAUUGGUAAACUUCCUUGUAUAUUGCCCUCUUGGUACUAUGUUCUUAAAAUCUGUUGAUUUGUCUGAUACUCCGAAGACUGCUGAUGUGUUGUUUGGGAUUUUUGAUAAAGUUAUAGAAGAAGUUGGGCCUGAAAAUGUCGUACAAUUUAUCACUGAUAAUGCAGCAAAUUAUAAAGCUGCAGGUGAAAUGUUUGCAGCACGAUAUGGGACAUUUUAUUGGAGUCCAUGUGCUGCUCACUGUGUAAAUCUUAUGCUUCAGGAUCUUGGUGAAAGGGAUGAUAUGAAGUUGACAGUUCACAGAUGCCAAGAAAUCACGAAGUUUAUUUACAAUCAUGCUUAUGUCUUGAAUUUGAUGAGGAAAUUCACAAAUGGGGCUGAAUUGAUUCGACCUGCACAAACACGGUUUGCUACAAAUGUUUUGACUGUGCAGGGUAUAGUCAAGCAAAGAUCUUCUCUCAGGCAGAUGUUUUCAAGUGAUGAUUGGGCUGCAUAUCCACAUGCCUAUAAAAGAAAGGCUACGACAGUUGUGGAUACCAUCUUCGAUGUUGACUUUUGGGAAUCAUGUGUGCACUUAUUGAAGAUUUGUGUACCUCUAGUGAAAGUCCUCAGAUUAGUUGAUAGUGAAGAUAGACCUUCUAUUGGAUAUUUAUACGAGUCUAUGGAUAGAGCCAAGGAGGCCAUUAGAGAUAAUAUGAAGGGAAAAAAGAAGUUGUACAUGCCUAUAUGGAAGAUUAUAGAUGAAAGGUGGUCUGGACAACUUCAUCGCCCACUUCAUGCGGCAGCCUACUACCUAAAUCCUGCCAUUAGAUAUCUUCCCACUUUUAAGAAGGACAGAGAGGUCGAGUAUGGCAUGUUGGAUUGCAUUGAUGUAUUAGUAAGUGAUAGUAAAGAACAAGACGCUAUCCAUAUGUCGAUCAACAAAUAUGAUACGGCUUCUGGUACCAUGGCGAGAGACACAGCAGUUCGAUGCAGGACAACUAUGCGUCCAGAUUUGUGGUGGGAAAGGUUUGGGCUUGAUUGCCCAGAAUUAAGGAAGCUUGCAAUUAGAAUCCUCAGUCAAACAUGUAGUGCAACUGGAUGUGAAAGAAAUUGGAGUGUAUUUCAGCACAUCCAUAGUAAGAAGAGGAAUAGGCUGGAACAUAAAAGGUUGAAUGACCUUGUUUAUGUUCGUUAUAAUAUGAAGUUGAGACAAAGGCAACUAGAAACAACAUCUACGAGGAAGCAUCACAAUCAAUAUGAUCCUAUCUUCAUUGACCAUUUUGAUAUAUUAGAUUCUUGGGUUGAAGAAGAACCAGCUGCAAUACUUGAUGAGGACGAUCUUGAUUUUUUGAAUGUUGAAGGAGCAGCAGAGAUUGUUGAAGAAGGAGAGGCUGGGGGGGAGCAAUGGAAUGUUGGUGACAUUCCAUUUGCAACAGAGGGGAUAGAAGAAGAAGUUAAUGAAGGAAGUGAAGAUGAUGAUGAAGAAUGAAGAUGAUGAUGCAAAUGACGAUUGACGAUGCUUUUUGUUUUGAGUUUUGAAAACUAUGUCAAUAUGUUCUGAGUUUUGACUUCUGAACUUAUGAAUUGUGAUGUAAUUGAAUACUCUUAGGUUGUUUAGUAUGUUAUUUUGUUUUUUGAAUGUUUGAUUUCUUAUUUUGGAAUGUCUUGUUCAUAUGCAUAGCUCACAGGUCAUACUUCAUAUACAUGAAUGAUGAAUGUUCCUUUAAAUACAUUUUUCUUGAAUUUUUCUGAUUUUUUUUCUAUUUUUUAUAAAUUUUUAAUAUUUUUUACAAAUUAAAAAAUUAAUUUUACGAUACGUUACGAUACAUUUACGAUACGUUACGAUACGGCGUAUAGGUCGGCCCGACCGAUACACGAUACGAUACGACAGUGAUAACAUUGGUACAGCGUAC